AUGCCCACAUCUAAAAUAAGUAUAAAUGCAAUCAGGCAGGAGGAAGCACUAACCAUUGUGGAAUAUUGUGGAGGUGGAGAUGGUCCUCUUGAUGAUCUUGGUGAAGUCUCAACACAGAACAUUAAGCCACUUGAGAGAAUAAAGCAUGUGUCAGAGGCUGAAUCUGCAGACAGUGCCAUUAGACCAGAAAACCACACCAUAUCUAUAAUUGAGGACAGCAUUACCAUACUGUCCUGUACAUAUGAUGGAUCACCUUAUAGUCUACACUGGUAUAUACAGAAACAUGGUUCAAGACCAGAGUUUCUACUGCUGACUAUUAGAACUACUGAAGAUCUAAGAAGAUAUAGUAGUGGAGAAAGAUCUCACAAUAUUAUCGCUCUGUCAAGACCAAUCAUGUUCACCAUUACACUCUUGUGUGUGUGGCUUUCACUGGGUGACUCUAUGGCAGAUCCAAUAGAACCACUUUUCCCCCAUAAAGCUGAGUUUCAGGGUCAUAAUGUUACUCUGUCCUGCAGCUACAAAGAGUUCAGUGGUACUGUGCAGUAUCUCUACUGGUACCGACAAUAUCCACAAUCCAGACCAGAAUUCCUCCUUUACAUCUUACCAAGUGGAAUGAAGAGUGAUCCUCUCCCACCACGCCUGUUUGUUGAAGUUGAUGUAAAUCUUAAAAAAGUGGAUCUGCUGAUCUCCUCUGCUGCAGUAUCAGACUCUGCACUGUACUACUGUGCCCUGGAGCCCGCAGUAACAGGAAUCCCACUUUCACUGUACAAAAACCUCCUAUUACACAGACAAGAUUAA